AUUAGAGUUUUAAUAAUUAGAUUUGGAGUCAAAAAUAAAUCAAUUAUUAAUUAAUAAAAAAAUUGUUUUAUUUAAAGGAAAAUAAAAUUAUUAGAUCAAUUGUCAGCUAAAGACAAGGCAUACAAAUAACAUUAAUCGAUGGCUACUAACGGAUCCGCAACUCAACACAAAACUAUCUAUGAAUUCACUGCUAAAGACAUCGAUGGCAAUGAUGUAAAUCUUGAGAAAUAUUCUGGUUUUGUGGUGAUUAUAGUGAAUGUUGCGUCCAAUUGUGGAUUCACUAAAACCAAUUACAAAGAACUCAAUCAAUUGUACGAAACCUACGAACAGAAGGGUCUCCGUAUACUUGCCUUUCCCUGUAAUCAGUUCCUCAAUCAGGAACCGGGAUGUGAUGUCGACAUCAAAGAGUUUGUUAAGAAGAACAACGCUCGCUAUGACUUCUUCAGUAAAGUAGAUGUGAAUGGAGACAACGCUCAUCCGUUGUGGAAAUGGCUUCGGGAGCAGCAGUCGGGUAUUUUCGGUAACUCGAUUAAGUGGAACUUUACUAAGUUUCUAAUCGAUAAAAACGGAGUUCCCGUCAAACGGUUCGCUCCAAUCACUUCUCCCAACAAAAUGGAUGCCGACAUUCAAGCCGUUCUUAAUGCCACUGAUUAGUCACUACCAGACUAUCUCAACAUUUAUAAGUGUUUUAUAUUAUUAUUGAUUUCUAACAAAUUUGGUGAUACUAUUGAUACUAUAAUAUUGAUAUAUA